CAGAACAACACUGGCAAGCUUAACAGAGCACACUAAUACAACUUCUCUACUGGCAUCAUCAGAUCUUUAUCAAUUUAAGAAAACGAUGGAAUCUAAAAUGUUGAGCCCCGUGAUGCCCAAAGGACUGGACCUGGAGAUCUCCCAGCAUCCUCUGACAAUGAGGCGUGUGGUUAACCUCAUCAUUGCCAUGGAGAGGCUGAAGUUCAGCAGGUCGGAGUCAGUGCUGAGCACUGAGUUCCGAGAUGAAAACCUGCUCGACAUCAUGCUGGAGAGUAUCGUGGAAGAACAUAUCGUGUUUGAGCGUAGUGCAACUCCAUCUGAUGAGUUCAGCAGGACAGGUGUGUACCAGUGCAGCAUAACGGACACGCAGAAGAGGAACUUUGUUUUGGUGGAAAACAGCAUGGAGCUCCACGCAGUGAUGCUGCAGGGAGGCAGUGACAACCGCAAAGUUUAUCUGAACAUGUCAACCUAUGUGCACCCUUCGCCCAGCACUGAGGCCAGACCUGUAGCUCUGGGGAUUAAAGACACAAAUCUCUACCUGUCGUGCCACAUGGGAGAUGGCGAGCCAACCCUGCAUCUGGAGGCAGUGGAGGACAAAAGCUGUCUGUCAAGCGUCAGCGCAGAAAGUGACAUGUUGAGAUUUCUGUUCUACAAGCGUGACACCGGGCUGAGCCUCAGCACCCUCAUGUCUGCCCGCUUCCCUAACUGGUUCAUCAGCACAGCAGAUGAGGACAACAGGGCUGUGGACAUGUGCACAGAGAUGGCCCCACGCUACAGAACCUUCAACAUCCAACGUCAGAGCUAGAAUCUGCCAAAGACGUGCAAAGUGUAAUGUGGAUCAGCUAAUUUGAUUUACAUAAUCAACAAAAGAGAUGUAAUUUCUACAGAACAGUAUUUACUGUAUGUACUAAGUACAGAAAGUGAAAUGCUUCGUGUAUUGACAUAGUCAAGUUUCACCAUAUGGUGGCAUUGUUGUGCUGUCUGGUGAGCACCCUGUUUUCAAAACCACCUGUUAAUGCUUUUAUGUAUUUAUUUAUCUAUUUAUGCAACAUUCCAACAUUUGUGUGUAUUUGAACAUCUGCUUACUAACAUAUAAAUUAUUUUAAUGCUAUG